AUGAUGCCCGUGGCCGCCCUGCUGCCCGACGACACGCCCAUCUUCGACCCACGCCUCCUGCAGGAGCUGGACUGGAGCCAGAACACCACCACCUUCUCUCCUGCCAUCUCUCCUCUGGAGCCUGGCGACGGGCUGGUCCUGAGGCCCCUCUGCACCGCUGACGUGAACCGAGGCUUUUUUAAGGUUCUGGCUCAGCUGACUGAAACUGGCGUGGCAAGCCCAGAGCAGUUUAUCAAAACCUUUGAGCACAUGAAGAGAUCGGGGGAUUACUAUGUCACCGUCGUGGAGGACACCAACCUUGGGCAGAUCGUUGCCACGGCAACGCUGGUGAUCGAGCACAAGUUCACUCACUCCUGUGCAAAGAGGGGAAGGAUAGAAGACGUGGUGGUGAGCAGGGAGUGCAGAGGAAAGCAGCUUGGUAAACUACUAACGUCCACCCUGACGUUGCUAAGUAAGAGACUGAACUGUUACAAAAUCACACUGGAGUGUCUGCCAAAAAAUGUGGAUUUCUACAAGAAGUUUGGCUACUCGGUAUCGGAGGAAAACUACAUGUUCCAGCGGUUCUUUAAUUAA